UUGUUUCCAAAUAUCGCGGUUGUUUGUGGCUUCCAUCUUAGCAACGCGGGUCUUGCUGUUUAAAGUAAUUACUGUAUUAUUAUUUCUAUGUGCUCCAUGGUGUUUCAGAAGUGUAAUAUAUAAUCUAAUACCGGGAAUAUAAUUGUGUCUGGUGGAAUCGGCCUGCGGAGAGUGCGGGCUAGGCCUGCAGACUGUCAUCUUGCCCAGCUACUCCUGGGCCCUGGGGAGAAGCAACAAUAUGAUUAUAGAGGACUUCGAGGCGCUGAAACACUGGUUGUCUAAGACCUUGGAGCCCAUUUGUGAUGCUGAUCCAUCUGCGCUUGCAAAGUACGUUCUUGCAUUGGUAAAGAAGGAUAAGAAUGACAGAGAGCUGAAGGCUUUGUGCAUAGACCAGCUAGAUGUAUUUCUCCAAAGAGAGACCCAAGGCUUUGUGGACAAACUUUUUGAUGCCGUGAACACCAAAAGUUAUCUUCUUCUUCAACCUGAACCUCCUUCAUCAACUACAGUUAAAGUAGAGACCAUUGAACACCAAGAAAAAGAAAUUAAGAAAGAAGAGGUGACCAAAGAAGACGAAAAAGAUAAAAAAGUUUCCCGGAGAUCAAACCAGAGCCCUCAACAGUCAAGUGCUCGUCACAGGGAAAAUAGAUUGCUAAUGGCUCCAGCACGAUAUCAAAUAGUAGAGGAGAUAACGGGCAACCUUGACGUGUCCCCUUUUGAAGGGGAGAACAAUCGCAAGAGAAGUAACUCUGACCGAGAGAGCGGUUCUACACAAAAUCCUUUCAGAUCAGGAGGUCAGGAUCAAAAGCAAGAGGUUGAUACUCUAACUGCCCGUGUUGGUGGGAGCAAAAUUCAAAGUACAAAAACAAAUCGAGAUUCUGUUAAGCCAAAGUAUGACCUUGAUAGAGUCGAGCCAUUAGAUAACAAUUACCCUACAGGUUCUUCAGUGCCCCACAUUGGAUCUGCUCAUUUUCCUGUUCCCACUCUAAGCAGCACUAUUACAGUUAUUGCACCAUCACAUCACGGAAAUAAUACAGCUGAAAACUGGCCAGAAUUUCAUGAAGAUCAAGUGGACCAUAACACUUACGGCAGACCUCCAAUGCCUAAGAAGCGGUGCAGAGAUUAUGAUGAAAAGGGAUUCUGCAUGAGAGGUGACAUGUGUCCUUUUGAUCAUGGUAGCGAUCCUGUAGUUGUUGAAGAUGUUAACCUGCCUGGAAUACUGCCAUUCCCAGCACAACCCCCUGUUGUAGAUGGACCACCCCCUCCAGGCAUUCCUCCCCCACCUUCACUUUUAACACCACCACCAGUAAAUCUUCGACCUCCAGUCCCACCUCCUGGACCUCUUCCACCCAGCCUUCCACCAGUCACAGGGCCACCACCUCCUCUUCCACCUUUACAGCCUGCUGGUAUGGAUGCUCCUCCAAAUUCUGCGACCAGUUCAGUUCCUACUGUUGUGACUACUGGCAUUCAUCACCCUCCUCCCCCUGGAGCUCCACCAUCUCUCUUUUCAUCUGCACCUGCAUCUGGACCUAUUCCCUUGUUUCCAGAAACGUAUGAAGCUGAUGGUUACAAUCCAGAAGCACCUAGUAUAACAAAUACUUCCAGACCUAUGUACAGACAUCGUGUACAUGCUCAGCGGCCUAAUUUAAUAGGCUUAACCUCUGGAGACAUGGAUUUGCCCCCACGAGAAAAAGUGAUCAACAAUAACAUGAGAAUAGUGGUGGAUUCUGAAUCGCGGAAAAGAAAUCUUGGGCAAGUAGAAUCAGGAAUACCUCUGAAGAAACAGUGGUUCGAUAAAUCAUCUUUCAACAGAGCGAACAAUCCUGGUUUCCAGAAAAAGGUUCCGUUUACAAAUGAAAACACUAAACUUGAGUUAAGAAGAAUACCUCCGGAAUUAAAUAACAUCAGCAAACUAAAUGAGCAUUUCAGUAAAUUUGGUACCUUGGUUAACUUGCAGGUUGCUUAUGCUGGUGAUCCAGAAGGUGCACUUAUCCAGUUUGCAACGCACGCAGAAGCUAAAAAAGCAAUAUCUAGUACUGAAGCUGUUCUAAAUAAUCGUUUUAUCAAGAUGUAUUGGCAUCGUGCUGGUUCAUCUCUUCACACACAGGCACCACAAUCUCCAAAGGUUGGUCAGCUUACAGCUCAGCCACCAAAUGUAUCUCUUAUAAAACAAUCUGUAAAAGAACGUCUUGGUCCAGUACCCUCAAGUAACAUUGAACCAGCAGAGGCCCAAAGUGCUAACACAGAAAAAUUGCAGAAUGUGACCAAAGUAUCCAUAAAAGAGAGAUUGGGAUAUAUCACACAACACAAUGCUACAGCAACUGAAAAGGUGCUGUCCACUUCAACAGGUCUUACAAAAACAGUUUAUAAUCCAGCAGCAUUGAAGGCUUUGCAUAAAUCUCUACAGUAUCCUAAUGCAAUUGAAAUCACUGAAGCUCACAAGAAAAAACAGGAAGCUCUAAAACUUCAGCAAGAUGUAAGGAAGAAAAAACAAGAGAUUUUAGAGAAGCACAUAGAAACACAAAAGAUCCUUAUAUCAAAACUGGAGAAAAAUAAAACCAUUAAGUCUGAGGACAAAGCAGAAAUUUUGAAAACUUUGGAGACGUUGACCAACAGCAUUACAAAAUUAAGGGAUGAACUUAAAGCCGUGUCCACUGGAGGAAAUACUAUAAAAAACAACAAAAGCAGGGACCAGAUGCAAAAAGAACUUCUUGACACAGAGCUGGACUUGCAUAAGAAAAUUCAGGCUGGAGAAGAUGUAGCUGAAUUAAGAAAAAAAUAUACCGAGCUGCAACUUGAAGCUGCGAAGCGAGGUCACUUAUCAUCUGGUCGUGGUAGAGGAAUUCACGUACGAGGAAGAGGUAUGCCGCGUGGCAGAGGUCGGGGGUUGCGCGGAAGGGGUAGAGGUGUUCAUGCAGUUGUAGAUCAUCGCCCAAGAGCUUUACAGAUAUCUGGUUUUAAUGAAAGUGAAAGAGAAGACCUUCUGCCUCACUUUGCGCAAUUUGGUGAAAUUGAAGACUGCCAGAUAGAUGACUCAUCUCUGCAUGCAGUUAUUGCAUUCAAGACCAGAGCAGAAGCAGAAGCUGCUGCAGUUCAUGGAGCUCGUUUCAAAGGUCAGAAUCUAAAGUUAGCUUGGAAUAAACCAGUGCCAAAUACAUCCAGCACAGAAACGGAAGAUGCUGAGCAGGAGGAGGAGGAUGUGAGUGCUACCUAUUUCCCUAUACUCCUAAUGAGCAGUAAGGAGCUGACUUUGCGGCAGGCUCUUGCAGAAUGA